AUGGCGCUGGACCGGCGCCCGGAGGAGGGGGGCGAAGGCCGGCCGCUGCCCGAGGAGAACGGCUCCUUGCCGCCCGGGGAGGCGGGCCCUGCCGCGGCGCCGACGGCCGCCCCCCCCGCGGCGGAGAUCCAGAGCCUGCCCCCUCCUCCUCCGCCGCCGCCGCCGCCGCCCCCCGGCUCCUGCAGCCCCCUGCUCUUGGACUACGACGGCUCCGUGCUGCCCCUGCUGGGCGGGCUGGGCGGCGGCCACCAGAAGACCCUGGUGCUGCUCACCUGGAUCCCGGCGCUCUUCAUCGGCUUCAGCCAGUUCUCCGACAGCUUCCUCUUGGACCAGCCCGGCUACUGGUGCAAGGGCGCCGGCGGGCGAAGCAACUGGACGGGCCCCCCGCCUCCUCUGCCCCCCGGGGGGCUCGCCGCCGGCCUCGGCCACAACCGCACCUACAGCCGGGGGAUGCUGGCCGCCCCGGAGCUGCCCACGCCCGAGGCCAGGAAUGCCAGCCAGUGCCAGUGCAGCGAGCGGCACUAUGCCAUCACGGCCGGCCUGGAACAGAAUGUCGUGAGCAAGUGGGACCUUGUUUGUGACUCUGCCUGGAAAGUCCACAUUGCAAAAUUCUCCCUGCUUGUAGGAUUAAUCUUUGGCUAUCUAAUCACAGGAUGCAUAGCUGACUGGGUUGGUCGCCGGCCAGUACUCCUCGUCUCUGUCCUGUUCAUUUUGAUAUUUGGACUAUCUGUGGCCCUCUCGGUGAAUGUGACAAUGUUCAGCACACUCAGGUUUUUUGAAGGGUUUUGCCUGGCUGGAAUAAUCCUUUCGUUGUAUGCACUGCGGAUAGAGCUGUGUCCUCCCAGUCACCGUUUCAUGAUCACCAUGGUGGCAAGCUUUGUGGCAAUGGCAGGGCAGUUCCUCAUGCCAGGCUUGGCAGCACUCUGCAGGGACUGGCAAGUUCUCCAAGCAGUCAUCAUCUGCCCCUUCCUGCUGAUGUUACUUUACUGGUUUAUUUUCCCAGAAUCCCUUCGGUGGCUGAUGGCCACGCAGCAGUUUGAAGCAGCAAAGAAGCUCAUCCUUCACUUAACUCACAAGAACAGGACAAACACAGAAUGCGAUAUCAAAGGAGUUAUGCCUGGCGACAGGUGGUCCGCCACAGCUCUGCCAGGAAGUGAGGAAAACAACAACCCGUCACGGAGCUCUAAUGGGCUUGCGGUCGGGGAAUCCCAGAUGGGGGAUGUGGGAAGCAGCCAGACUGGAGAACUAGAGAAAGAGCUUGCCAGGAGGCCGAAGAAGGUCUGCAUCAUUAAAGUGUUAGAAACCAGAAAACUCUGGAAAAACAUUGUUGUUCUGUGCAUAAACUCGCUGACCGGGUACGGGAUACACCACUGCUUUGCAAAGAGUAUGAUGGGUCACGAAGCUCAACAGUCACUCACUGACAACUUCUACGCAGACUACUAUACUAUGGCAGGGAUUACACUGGCGUCCUGCCUGGCCAUGUGUCCAGUUGUUGGAUUCCUUGGGCGGAGAGGGGGGCUGUUGCUUUUCAUGAUCCUUACGGCUCUGGCUUCACUUCUACAACUAGGCCUUCUCAACCUGAUCGGAAAAUACAGUCAGCUUCCAGACUCAGGUAUGAGUGACAGCGUCAAGGACAAAUUCUCCACUGCGUUUUCCAUCGUGGGCAUGUUUUCAUCACAUGCAGUCGGAAGUCUCAGUGUUUUCUUCUGUGCCGAAAUCACACCAACAGUAAUAAGGGGCGGAGGGCUUGGCCUGGUCCAGGCUAGCGCAGGCUUCGGUAUGCUGACGGCACCUAUAAUGGAGCUCCAUAACCAGAAAGGCUAUUUCCUCCACCAUGUGAUCUUUGCCUGCUGUACACUCAUUUGCAUCAUCUGCAUCCUCCUCUUGCCUGAGAGCAAAAACCAGAACCUGCCAGAGAACAUUCCAGAUGGCGAACAUUACACCCGGCAGCCCCUCCUGCCACACAAGAAGGGGGAGCAGCCGCUGCUGCUGACGAACUCUGAGCUCAAGCACUAUUCCGGCCUCCACGAUUCAGGAGCCGUGAGCGACGGAGUGACCGAGAAUGUCACCGCAAAUGGGAUGAAGGCUAUGUAGCCGGCUGGUGGAAAAGCAUAUUUUGGGCUGGGAAGUGCUUUCCACACAAGGUUUACAAACCAGCGAAAGAAGGGAUGGAUACACAGGGCAAAUGGACUCUGCUGCUAACGCCACUUAUUGUAGGAAUUGAUGAUUUGGAGUGCAAAUGGCUUUGGAAACAGUUACGGGGGAAAACACAUCUUCUAAGCAAACUGGCUGGAGAUAACUGCCCAUCAAAACUUUUUUUUUUCCUGCCAUGAAUUGUUUCUAUUUAUUUUGAUGUUGUUUUUUCCCCAAGAAGCACUUUAUACCCUUUUCCUAUUGUUGAUCACAAACAUAAAGCCAUGUUGUUGUUUUUAAGAAGCGCAGCCAUUCCAAGAAAGAA